CAGAUUUAAACCUAUGGACACAUUCUGGGAACUCAACGAGAAAGCAAUGCUAAGGUUACCAGUCAGUUCUGCGCCAAGGUUUACGGUGCUGGCUCCAGACAUUCUGAGGACAGACAGCCAGGAGAACAUCUUCCUCCAGGUAGAAGGUCUGUCCACCCCCGUCACCGCCUCCAUCUCCAUCGUGGACUUCAUGAAGACCACCACGCUCCUGCAGGACUCCGUCACACUGAAUCUGGAAAAUGGAUUCCACUCUCUCAAAACUCUUCAGCUUCCCUCGGAUCGCUUGAACCGUGGAGAAAAGAAGAACAAGUUUGUGUAUCUGAAGGUGGGGUUUGGGGACUACCACUCGAUGGAGAAGAUACUGAUGGUGUCCUUUCACUCUGGAUACAUCUUCAUCCAGACGGACAAACCCAUCUAUAAACCUGGAGAUACUGUUCGAUUCAGAGUGUUCACGUCCUCGCCAACUUUUAAGGCUUUCAACAGCUCCGUCACAAUAGAUAUUAAGAAUCCCGACGGUGUGGUGGUUAAACAGGUCUCCAGGGUCCGAGCUGUUGAUGGCGUUUUUGCUGACACUUUUCCUCUCUCUGAAAUUGUCAAUGAAGGACAGUGGACCGUGAUUGCAAACUUUGACCACUGGGAGCAGAACACCUUCACCUCCCAGUUCCAGGUGAAGAAAUAUGUGCUUCCUGCCUUUAAUGUUACUCUGACGCCCAGGAAAUCCUCUCUCGACCUGGAUGACGAUGAACUGGAAGUAGAAAUCUGGGCCAGUUACCUGUAUGGGGAGCCGGUCCAGGGCACGGCCUAUGUGGUGUUUGGAGUGAAGAUCAACCAAGAGAUGAGGAGGUUGCCUUCAGUGAAGCAAGUGGUCGAUCUGGACGGAGGAGUGGUCAAACUGAGCAUGGAGGAGCUAAAGAGAGCCCACCCCGACAUCAGAUCUCUGGUGGGCAGCUCUGUGUAUGUGAAGGCCUCCGUGCUCACCAAGUCAGGGAGUGAUUUGGUUGAAGCAGAAAAGACUGGGAUUAAAAUUGUAGAGUCUCCGUAUGCCAUAUCCUUCAAAAACGUACCAAGGUACUUCAAGCCGGGCCUGCCCUUGGACUUCACAAUCCAGGUGAGCCAUCAUGAUGGUUCUCCAGCCCGAAACGUCAUAGUCCAAGUGACAUUGCUAGACACGCCCCUGACGGUGUUCUCUGGCACCGCCAGAGCCACUGUCAACAUGCCUCCAGAACAACGUGCACAAACCAUCACUGCUGAGACCGUGCAGGCUGGACUGAGAUCAGAGCAGCAGGCCAAACAACAGAUCACUGUCCAACCGUUCAUUGCCUUUAUAAGACGUAACCAGAACUACCUGUACAUCUCCACGGGGAGCAACACAGUGUCUGUGGGAGACAGACUGUCCCUGAAGCUGAGCAUCACUGUUGCAGACCCGACCCACAGACAACACAUCACACACAUCACCUACAUGGUGCUGAAUAAAGGAAAAAUCAUUGUUGCUGAACGCGUGGAUGUGGCAGGUCAGCUGAUCACCAGCAUCGGACUUCACAUCACCCCGGAGAUGAUGCCCUCUUUCCGUUUCGUGGCGUUCUACAGUAUCCCCUGGGAGGGGGGGGAGGAGGUGGUGCCGGACUCCAUCUGGGUGGAUGUGGCAGAUUCCUGCGUUGGAGGGCUGAAUGUCGGGCCGGUGGACGGCAUACGUCGAGACUACACGCCUGGGAAGAGCUUUAGUUUACAGAUCAGAGGUGACCCGGGGGCAAAGGUCAACCUGGUAGCCGUGGACAAUGCUGUGUUUCUGCUCAACAGGGACAGACUUACACAGGGGAAGAUGUGGGGCACGGUGGAGCACGGAGACAUCGGCUGCACCCGAGGGGGAGGCCAAGAUGCCCUCUCGGUGUUCUCCGAUGCAGGAUUGCUCUUCGCCUCCAGCACCGGGCUCCAAACCGUUUUCAGAUCAGCCCUGAAGUGUCGAGGCAGUGCCAGAAGGAGGCGCUCUGCUGAAAAGCUGCAGCACAAAGCCCAGCUGGAGAGUCAUUACAAAGAGAAGCUGCUGCGCCGCUGCUGUAAGGACGGCCUCAGGGAGAUCCCCAUGCCGUACUCCUGUACGCGGCGAUCCCUCUACAUCACCGAGGGCUGGGAGUGCAUGCGGGCUUUCCGCUACUGCUGCGCCACCUACAGGAACGAGGAGAUAAACACAGAGAUUCCUACAACCCCACCACCAUUGACCACAACUCCGCCCACCACCACCUCUCUUCCCUCGCAACAUUUUUCGAGCCUUGGCAUUGUUCCCUAUGGAAGAAUACCCCCGUACAGGAAAACAAUGGGUUUGGGACUUGAACGUGGAUUACCUGGACCUCCUCAACUGAGACCAUUGGCUGAUUUCGUACCCAAACAACGUUUUCAGGGGGUUUCUUUGACACAUGCAAAAGGGCAAAAACACAUGCCGGAGGAUGAGAAGGAGACGGUGGAGGCGGAGGAUGAGGAGGAGGAGGAGGAGGAGGAGGAGGAGUAUUUGGAUGAGACUGAAGUUAGUCUACGAUUUAAGUUCUACGAGUCUUGGCUGUGGAUGGAUGUUAACCUGCCAACCAAGGCAGACAGAGACGGGUUGGCGUCCACGAACGUGGACCACCCUCUACCUGACAGCAUCACAGAGUGGGGGGUUCUGGCCGUAAGCGCCUCAGCUCACACAGGUUUCUGUGUAGCCGAGCCUUACAACUUCAAAGCAUGGAAACGCUUCUUCGUGGAUCUGAAGCUGCCGUAUUCAGUGGCGAGGAACGAACAGGUCGAGAUCAAGGCUGUGGUCCAUAACUACGGCAACGAUGAACUGCAUGUGAGGGUGGUGCUGAUGAAGACAGAAGGCAUGUGCAGCAUAGCCUUUAAGGACAGACACACACAGCAAGUGACUCUGGCAGCCGGUGCUUCUGUUGCGCUCCCUUACACCAUCGUACCGCUGGUGGUGGGGAAACUCCCUCUGGAGGUGAUGGUGGUAGCCAGAGACGCGAUGGGAGGAGACCGCAUCCGGAAACUUCUAAAUGUGGUGAUGGAUGGAGUGCAGAAGACUGAGGUGUGGAGUGCGGUGUUGAACCCGUCAGCUGAUGGGGGAAUUCAGACAGUUAAUGUGCCUAUGGCCAACCUCAAAUCUGUUGUGCCAAACUCUGUACCAGAGACGUUCAUCAAUGUCAGAGGCAAUGUUUUGGCAGACAGCAUCGAUAACUCCAUCAGCGAGGACUCUCUGGCCUCCCUGAUCCAGAUGCCCGGUGGCUGUGUGGAGCAGAACUUGGCCAGCAUCACUCUUCCGCUCAUCGCCACCCUCUACCUGGAGACCACCGACAACUGGGAGAGUGUCGGGGUGCAGCGCAAGGCCGAGGCUCUCCGCUACAUCAGGAGAGGUUAUGAGAACCAGCUGGCGUACAGAAAGAGUGAUGGCUCUUACCCCCCCUACAGUAGGGAAGGUCCAAGUACAUGGAUCACGGCGUACGUGGUGAAAGUUUUCUCCAUGGCUCACUCCAUCGUUGGCAUCAACGAGCAGCAAGUGUGCGACCCCCUGCUCUACCUCGUGAACAACAAACACAAGAUGUUCAGGGGGAACUUCGUCGAGGACAACCCAGUUUACAGCACCACCAUGACUGGUGGUCUUCGUGGCGAUGACCCCGAGACAACCCUGACCGCCUUCGUCUUGAUAGCGCUCGCUGAGGCCAAGCAGGCUGGGAUCAGCUGCAUUAGUCCAAACGUAAAGGUAGUUAUCGGUAAGACAGCUGAAUCUAAGAGAGCGCUGGUGAUGACGGGGAGGAGGCCGUACACUGUGGCCAUCGCCUCCUAUGCCCUGGCUCUGCUGGGGAAAGAUCAAAACUACAACCCGACACAAUCUUUACUCAGCGCUGCAGCUCCAGAUGGCAGCCACUGGCCCGACAGUAAGAACACCUUGUUCACCUUGGAGGGGACCGGCUAUGCCCUGCUGGCUCUGGUAAAGUUGGGACGCAUGGAGGAAGCUGCAGCGCCGUUUAAAUGGCUGAACAGCCAGCGGAGGAGAGGGGGGGGCUUCGGCUCCACUCAGUCCACCAUGGUGGUGCUGCAGGCUCUGUCCGAGUACCUGAUCCACAAACCUCCUCCUGCUGACCUCAGUCUGGACGUGGACUUGAGGAUAAGAGGACGAAAGGAAAUCCGUUACCAUUUCGACCCCGAGACUGCCUACGCUGCUCGCUCCUCCAGGUUGCCUGCUGGUCUGGAGAUGGAAGUGCAGGCUCGAGGGAAUGGACAGGGAAUACUGGAGGUAGUGACCUAUUACAACCAGCUGCAUGAGGUGGAUGAGAAAAUGCCCUGCAAGGACUUUGAGCUCAACGUCAACAUAGAAGAAUCCAGCGAGAAGCCUCCAGCAGAUGUAGAGAAGUCCUACCAGAUCACCAUCAAAGUGAGGGCUUUAGGACCCAGAGACGUCCGGAUGGUGGUUCUGGAUAUCAGUCUGCCCACCGGCUUCAGUCCCGAAAACUCCGACCUGGAGAUGUUGUCCAACUCCGUCGACCAUUACAUCAAUGACUUCAAGAUCGUUGAUAACCUGAGUGACAGAGGCUCUCUGAUCAUCCACCUGUUCAAGGUGUCUCACAAAGAGCCAGAGAUCCUGAUCUUCAGGCUGCAGCAGAGGUUCAAAGUGGGCCUCCUGCAGCCGUCCUCAGUCACCGUCUACGAGUAUUACAACCCAGAUCAUCGCUGCACUCACACCUACACCCCCAGGGAGGACAGAGAGGAGCUCACUCAGAUCUGCCAAGACAACGUCUGCCGCUGCACGCAGGGUGACUGCUGCGUCCCAAAGAGCGACAGUGAAAGCUUGAACAAAGAAAGAGAGACGUUCGCCUGCACGACUCUACACCACGUUUUCCAGGUGAAGGUGCUGAGUCUCACCCAGAGUUACUACGACAAAUACGAGAUGGAGAUCACAAAAGUCAUCAAGCUGGGCGGGGAGUCUGGAGUGGAGGUGGGUCAGAAGAGGGUCUUCAUGUCUCACGGAGGCUGCAGAGAUGACCUGAACCUGCAGCAGGGCUCCCAGUACCUCAUCAUGGGGCCCAGAGAGGACCAGUGGAACGUCGACACUGACACCAACAGGUUCGUGUACAUGUUGGGGAAGGACACCUGGGUGGAGCGCUGGCCGACGCCUGCAGAGUGCUCCAGCAGUCCCGGCCUGCAAGCUAAAUGCAAGACCCUCGAAGAUACUGCUUCUGAACUGUCUGUCAACGGCUGCAGGCUGUAGAGCUGUGUGAGAGGCCUCUGCACACCUUCACCUGUGCCGCUGUGAUGCAGCAACGGCAGACAACUGUGCACACAAAGAUGCACGGAUCAUUUUAGGGCUAAAGCCUGUAGGAAAAGGAUUUAAUUACAUGUUGUUUGCGUUUCAAAAUGUAAGAAAAGAACUGUAGGUGCAGUUUUGUUUGGCAACCUCUGCCCAUUCUUCUCUACUGUAAUGAUAUAAUAAAGACACGCAGCAACAUAUUCAUUACAAAUCACCAAACAGCCGCUUUAUUAGAGCUUUUUUUAAUGGUUUAUAUUACAAAACAAAAACAGUGUGCCUAACAUAACAAGAGCUAAAAUAAACACAUCGGUCUGUACACUCAUUAUUUCUAUUUCAAAGGUUGUCUCAUGUUUUACAAGUUAACAGUUAGGUUCAAUUGUUAUAUUUUUUGUAAAAUUGAUAAUAAAAGCUAUCUGGAGGUGUCUGAUUCCCUCUAAAUAAAG